AUGGCUUCAAGCCCCGAGCCCAAGGAUUUCGGCGAGGACUCCUUUGAAGAUGCCAGCGAGGACAAUACUACUCACGUCUCCCCUUCACUCCCUCAAAGCUCCUCGACGCGGUCCUUGACUGAUCGCCGGCUAUCAAAUGGAUCUGUCACCACCCCCCGCGCCGAGCACGCGCCGCCUCUUCCAUCUGCACAGCCAGAUGUCACCUCCAGCGACGACUCCGACGAUAGCAGCUCUGCGCCACAUUCGGAGACGGAGGACACCCCGAAGAGAAAGAAAUACCAGAAAUCACCGCUGCUGACUGCUCAUCGCCUGUCAACGACUUCGCUGGACGACGUCAACUUGAUGGGUAACAAGGAUGAUGAGCAGCCAGCGGAGGCCAGUCCAGAGCCGGAGCCACCUGCAGGCUCUCCAAAAUCGGUCUCGCCCGAUUCUGCAACAACAAAGCAAAGCGUCUCAUCUGCAAUCAUGUCCAAUCUACCUUCUGUAUCAUGGCCUACCGCCGCAAAGCCCUCAGUACCCCCGCAGCCCGCUCCCCCUGCUCCGCCUGCCCUACCCGGCCGCAAGCUCACAAGUCCCUUCUCGUGGCUGUCUAGAGCAAGUACCGGGAAGGACAUCAAGUCUCCUCCCGCUAGCUCGAUAGAUAGCCGACGAAACACCGCCGCAUCAGUCUCAACGCUCAACACCGUCGACGAUGGAGAUAGUCUGAGCUCGAAGAAGCCGCGCAACAGCCUCAAAGAUCAAUUCAAGUUGCUACGCUUGCGAGAAGAAGGCACAGACACAGACCAGGUCAGUGUUACUUCCGGUCAGGCUUCGGUCAGCCAGGUGGUGGGCAGUCCCAUUCAAGAGGAAAAUGAUACAUUGUCCGCUCCUUCACCCGCUGUCACUUCAGCUGGCCCAUUUCCAUCAGUCAACCCCAAUCUGGCUCCUGGAACAGUUUCGGGGAUAUCGGCGUCUGCAACAGAUGCUGCGGCUCCUGUGGAUUGGGAACUAUGGGAGAAGAUUGUGAAUCUUGGAUCUGAUGCGUUGACUGGUGCUAACUCCGAUGAACUCAAUGCGGCUAUCAAGCGAGGCAUUCCCCAGACUAUUAGAGGCGUGAUCUGGCAAGUUUUAGCUGAUAGUCAUAAUCCCGGACUCGAGGAGGUGUAUAGAGACCUUGUCGUGCGAGGCACUGACAAGGAAAGGCAUACUAGUGUGAAUGGCAACCAACCCGGCAUUAACUCAGAGAAGGAGUCGCUGGCUUCAUCACGCUCCUCCAUUCGUUCAGAUAAUUCUGGUUCCGCAUCUCACUCCAGUCACGUAACACCUUCGCCUAGUCCAUCUCAAGAGAAGGAUGCUGAGAAGGUUGUGAAAGAACAACUAGCAGCAGAAGCCGCCCGCAAGAAAAAGGCAAAAGAAGAUGCAGAUGCGAUACGGAAGCUGGAAAAGACGAUACGACGAGACCUUGGCUCUCGAACAAGCUACUCUAAAUAUUUCGUCUCGCAGGGAAACCAAGAAGCCCUUUUCGGCCUAUGCAAGGCUUAUGCCCUCUAUGAUGAGGCCGUUGGUUAUGCACAAGGCAUUAAUUUCAUUGCCAUGCCUUUGCUUUUUAAUAUGGAGGAAGUCGAUGCGUUCGGCCUGCUCGUCAAACUUAUGAAUAAAUAUGGCUUACGAGAAAUGUUUAUUCAAGAUAUGCCUGGUUUGCAUCUUCACUUGUUCCAGUUUGAGCGACUCUUGGAGGACCUCGAGCCAGCUUUGUAUUGUCAUCUCCGUCGCCGAGGGUUGAGCCCUCAAUUAUAUGCCACCCAAUGGUUUUUAACACUGUUUGCAUACCGAUUUCCCCUGCAACUUGUCCUUCGUAUCUACGAUCUCAUCCUCGAAGAGGGACUCGAAAGUACCAUUCUCCGUUUUGGCGUUGCUAUCAUGCGCCGCAAUGCCGAAACACUCCUUAGCAUGAAGGACAUGUCUACCCUGUCCCAAUUUGUCAAGGAAAAGCUUUUCGAUGUGUACAUUGAUCAGCAACCAUCAGCUAGUUCGAUACUAGAAUCCGGGUUCUUUGGAAGCUCCGGUGGCAGCGAAAAGGAGGUCUACCGGGCGGAUCUGAUGGUACAGGAUGCCUUUGAGAUUCCACUCACUCCCGAAACAAUCCGUGCAUAUACCACAGAGUGGGAAGAGAAAAAUAGAGCGGAAAAAGAGAGAGAACAAGAGCUCGAAGGAUUGAGGCAUACUGUUGCAACACAAGCUACACGAAUACGGUCACUAGAAGAACAUGCUGAAAAGUCAGACCAAGAACACGUUCAGCUGGCGUCGGAACUGGUACGAGUGAAAGUCGAGAACGAGGAACUUUCAGAUGCCAAUGAGAGUCUGCAAGUCCAGGUUCAAGAGUUGAAGAUCGUCGUUGACAAGCAACCGGCUGAGGUUGAAGAAAAGCUGAGGACUGAGAUGGAACGAAUUAUGAAACGGAACAUGGAGGUUCAAAACGAGAACCGGAACAUUGAGGAACAAAUGGUAGAAAUGGAGAAAGAUCUUGUUGACACCAAGAUGAAAUGGGCAGAGCUAUCGGAGAAUCAUGAAGGUCUCAAACAAAAGUGGGCGGACCUGCGCAAAGCACUGGAUGGCUAG